GGGAGGAGGAGAGAGUAGACUGCAGUGUUGUUAGUUUGAACAAAAUGGCUGCGAGACCACUGUCGACGAGAGCUCACUGAACGCCUACCAUGACUGUCCGCUCCACCGUCUGGAUUCACUCAGAAUGUAUUUCGCCGGAGUCGUAUCUCAACUUGCAUUUGCGGUAGCCAGCCCGUCGCUAGCCGCCCAGCUGGCGACCUAAACAAAACAAAACAACAACAACAAAAAAACAUUUCUUUUGCACUUUAAAACAAGUUGGCUGGCUGGGUCGUUACGCCGUCGGUUGGUUGGUAAAACGCGAGAAGUCAACGGCGAUUUUAACGAAAGCUGCCGGAUUUCUUGUGUUUGAAAAAAAAAAAAAAAACCUUGUAACGGUCGACGACUAACGCCACCCAGCUAACGUAAUUUUAGCUGCUUUUUAGAGUCAAAUUAUUUCUGUGCGUUUUUUUUUGUUUUGUUGUUAGUGGUGCUUCGUUUCUCCCUCUCUAUUAGGCUAUAUCGUGACGUUUUAACAAACUGUUUCCAAGCGAGUGUUAUUUCUCGGCAUUUUUUUUUUUUUUUUUUGCUCUCAACGUAAAUUACUUACUGUGUGUAUAUAUCUGGCUAAAUAGCCGUUGUUUACCUCGGUAUUUUGUCACCAAGCUGGUCCAGCAGCGGUCGGCUAAUCUGCCAAGUCUGACUCUUAACUGCGACUGAAUUUCUGCUCCAUCUCUUUACGGGUAACUUUCUAGAAAAGACAUCGGAGAAUGCUUUUCUGAAUCUUUUUUUUUCUUCUGCCAUGCACCAACUCUUCACUGAAAGCUGCCAAAGCUGUGGUUAAUGCCGGCUGAGAGAAGCUAGCGACAGAAGAAAGAGAACCAUUUGAUGGAAGAAAAGAAAAAGAAAAAACAAGAAGAAAAGACCAAGAAGGACGCCGCUCAGAAAAAGGCUGCUGAUCAGAAAACCAAAGUGCCAGAGCCUGCUACCACUAAGCCCAGUCCCGGCCCACCCCACCACCACCACCUCCACCCCGCCAGCCCCACUCUGCCCCUCUCCUCCUCUUCCUCCUCCUCUUCCGGCAAUGGCAAGCGCGCCUCCUCCAGUGGCCAGCUCCCGACUCCAGCUCCCCCUCAGCAGCAGCAGUGCCAGUCGUCCUCUGCCAGUGCUCGCUACCCGCCCAGAGAGGUGCCCCCGCGCUUCCGCCAGCAGGAGCACAAGCAGCUACUGAAGAGAGGCCAGCCGCUUCCCGCAGGAGCCCUCAGCGCUCUCACCCGCUCCUCUUCCUCCUCCUCCUCCUCUUCUUCCUCCUCACCCUCGUCCCUCCACUCUUCUUCGUCUUCUUCGACUACCAGCAGCACUACCCCAAACUCUGCCACAUCUACUGCGGGCAAACGCCACUCAGACGUGCCCCUCCAGAGUGGCCCUGUUGCCCAGUAUGAGACCCCUCACUGGGGAGCCUCUUUGCCAAUUGACAGCCCCUCCAGUGCCAGCAGCUGGGACAAAGUGAUCAUUGACGGCAGAGACGUUGAAGCUUGGCCCUCCAUCAGCCGCAGUAGUGACACCAGCCGCCCUGCAGCAACAGAAUGCCCCUUGGGCUCGGCUAACUCCAACCCAGACACCAGCGCUGUCUCUACCACCAGUAGUAGUAGUUUUCUGAGUAUGGCCACAGGGGCCGCAGGCCAGCAGGCCCACUACUCCUCUCUCAAAGCUAACGGUAACAUGAUGACAGGACCUGGGUCAGCCAACACUAUCGCUGGUAAUAGAGGCUGGGGUUCAGAUGGGAAACAGGAUGGUAUGAAUGGCAGCCGCGCAGGAGCGCCCAAUAGUUGGGGCUCUCCAAAUUUUAACUUGAACCUCAAUCCCAAUGCCAACCCAUCAGCCUGGCCUGUUCUCGGCCACGAGGGUGGUGGGGGUGGUGGUAUGGGACCUAACGGGGUGUCCAACUCCUCAUCCCUGCCACCAGGUAUUAAUGGAAAUGGAAACAUGGGAAACGGGAGCCUGGGAGGAGAUAGUGGCAGGGGAGGUUGGGGUGGCAUGAUGAGUCCCAAUGAAAAUGAUCAGCAGCACCCUUCGUCCAACAGCAACUUGUCUUUCAACAUGGAGCCUGCUAAUAUUAACACUGACGGACCAAACCACACUAAGCAGCAACAACAAGCUCAGGAGCCCAUGAGCCCCAUCCAUGGGUUGCCUGGCUGGGGCGGUCAGUCGCCCACCGAGUCAUCCCAGCUUAACGGGGACACAACAGGCAGCUCUGUAUGGGGGAGUGGGGAAACCAAGGCAGCUGACUCUCCCAAAGACUCUGGCUGGGACCCAACUCCCUCUGGAGGUCUUUCUGCCUGGGGACGUCAAGGCAGUGGUGGCGGGAGUACUGGAAGUGGUGGCUGGGGUGACUGGGGAAAAUCCACUGCAGGUGCAGAUGGAUCUAAAGGCUGGGACUCAGCUGACGCUGGCAGCUCUGGUUCAGCCCAAGAGCCACAGCUCAGCUCCUGGGGCCAGCAGCCCGGAACAGCCCCAGCCAGUGAGGGCAGUGGGGACAGCAGCGAGGGGCGAUCUCACCGCAGAGACAGGUCCUCCAGCAUGGAUGUUGCCCCACUGCUACCCCGCCAGGACCUGGACCCCAGGGUGCUGAGUAACUCUGGUUGGGGUCAGACCCCCGUUCGACAGCAUACUGUCUGGGAGAUGGAGGAAGCUAGCUCUGAUGGUGGGAAGAGCGAGAGUGGCUCAGACACCUGGGGAGGAUCCAGCACUAGUGGUGGAACCUCAUCCACCAACGGAGGCACCGUCAAUCCCAACAUUGGACCGAGCCAGAGGCCUGGGUCUGGAGGGAAGAGUGAUGGUGGAGGAGGAUCGUCAUCCUCCGGCUGGGGAGUCCCUCCACCUCAGCCAAUCCAAGCUGGAUCUGGAUGGGGGGAUCCCCCACAGCCACUCAACAAGGCCCCAAAUGGCACCACCAGUGGCUGGGGAGAGCCCAUAUCCACUAAUGGUCCCAAAGGUGGAGCCCCGCCAUCCUGGGGCUCGGAGGACAAGUCACCUAGCUGGGACGAUGGCCUGGCUAAAAGCCAGACUACUAGCUGGGGAGAGGGGCCCAAGAGCUCCCAUGGCUGGGGCAACAGCAGCGGGGGCUCCAACGGCUCCAGUGCAGGAGACUGGGGCGAGGCAGAAGUCAAGAAGAACAGCACUGCCAGCAGCAUGUGGGAAGGAGAGGGAGGGCAUGGAGGAGGAGGUGGUGGAUGGAAGGAAAGCCCCAGAGGCGGAAACGGAGGAGGAGGAGGAGGCUGGGGGAAACCUGCCCCUGCUGUGAGUGGUAGCGGUUGGGGAGAGACCCCACGUGCCAAUGGCCCAGCGCAGGGAGGCUGGGGCUCCUCCAAGGCCCAGGAAAGCAGCAGCAGCAGCUCUGGUAGUGGAGGAGGUGGCAGUAUUGGGUCCUGGGGUGGUCCUGGUUCUGUGAAGCAAAACACCUCUGGUUGGGGCCAUGUCAACAAACAGGACCAGGGCAUGGAGCCCACAGGCUGGGAGGAGCCCUCCCCUCCCUCAAUCCGCAGAAAGAUGGAGAUUGACGACGGAACGUCCACUUGGGGCGAUCCCAGCACCUACAAUAAGACUGUCAACAUGUGGGACCGCAAUAAUCCCAACAGUAACCCGAGCAACAGCGGCCCACCACCCAGUAAGAAUGGUGGAAUGUUGAUACCCAACAACAACAACAACAAUCACUCUGUGGGCCCCGGCAACAACAAUCACCAUCAUACCCACCACAUGCACCACCAUCCGCAUCACGGCCAGCCCCCAACUCACCCACAACACCAUGGCAACAACAAUGGGUCACCCAACACUGCUGCUCCACACCAGGGUGGGGGCCCCCAGGGUAGACCUCCCAUUGCCAACCCAGGCUGGGGAGAGCUUCCCAGUGUUCAGCCCAAAUCGGAGCCUGCCUGGGGAGAGCCAGCAGCUCCAUCAUCUGCUGUGGACAAUGGCACCUCUGCCUGGGGCAAGCCUCCAGGGGGCGUAGGGGGAUGGGGAGAUGGGGGCCAUGAGCCCUCUGGACCCUACGGUAGGGCCAAUGGUCCCUCAGGCUCUGCACCUUGCAAGCCAGGCCCCAAACCUAUGCAAGAUGGCUGGGGAGGCGGAGGGGAGGACAUGGGUAUGUCAACCAGCCAAUGGGACACUGAGGAUGGGGACAUGUGGAAUAGCCCCACUUCCCAGGAGAGCAGCUCUUCUUGCAACUCCUGGGGCAAUGGACCCAAGAAGGGCCCAAACAAGGGGAAGAUGGGCAACAAGCCAGAUGAGGCCUGGAUCAUGAACCGUCUCAUCAAACAGCUCACUGACAUGGGCUUCCCGAGAGAUCCUGCUGAGGAGGCUUUGAAGAGCAACAACAUGAACCUGGACCAGGCCAUGAGCGCCCUGUUGGAGAAGAAGACAGAGCUGGACAAGCGGGGCAUGGGCAUGUCGGACUACAGCAAUGGCAUGAACAAACCCCUGGUGUGUCGGCCCUCCACCCUCUCCAAAGACCCCACCGAUCGCAACGCAUUCCUUGACAAGGUCCAGGAUGGCGUUCUGUCGGAUGAUGCCCCCCCAUCACCAUUUCUGCCUUCCCCCAGCCUGAAGCUCCCCCUGGCCAACAGCAGCCUUCCUGGGCAGGGUCUGGGACAGGGCAACCCGGGGCUGGCCAUGCAAAACUUGAACAACAGACAGAUGCCCAGUGGAAUGUUUGGCAGUAGCGGAGCAGCACAAACCCGGGCCAUGCAGCAGCAGCCUCCUCAGCCACCAGUGCCACCUCUCAGCUCCUCCCAGCCUAGUCUACGUGCUCAAGUGCCUCAGUUUCUGUCCCCUCAGGUCCAAGCACAGCUCUUGCAGUUUGCAGCAAAAAACAUUGGUCUGAACCCUGCACUUUUAACCUCACCAAUAAAUCCUCAACAAAUGACCCUGUUGUACCAACUUCAGCAACUGCAAAUGGCGUACCAGCGUUUACAAAUCCAGCAGCAGAUGAUGCAGGCGCAGCGCAAUGUUUCCGGCCCCAUUAGACAACAAGAGCAGCAAGUUGCACGUACAAUCACCAACAUGCAGCAGCAGAUCCAGCAGCACCAGCGUCAGCUGUACCAGGCGCUGCUGAUGAAGCAGCAGCAACCGCCCUCUCACUCCUCCUCCUCCUCGUCUUCUUCCUCCUCCUCCACUGGCCUGCAUCCCCCUGGUGGCCCCGCUGGAGGCCCUGGCCCCGGAAAAUCAGCCCUGGACCCUUUCACAGGCCCCCACCAGGCCCCGGGCCUUGCUGACACACUGCACACCAAAGAGCCGCCGUCUUCGCCCAACGCCUACAGCACCUACCCUCUCUCUGGACUGAAUCCAAACAUGAAUGUAAACUGCAUGGAGGUUGGGGGCCUGUCUCUGAAGGAGCCACCCCAGCCCCAGUCCCGUCUAUCCCAGUGGACUCACCCCAACUCCAUGGACAACCUCUCUGGCAACUCCACGCACAUGGAGAACAACCUCAAUAAGCAUGGUGCCAUAUCUGCUGCCUCUACCCUGGGCCCCCCUGGGAAGCCACCCCAGCUGGAGGACUCGUACAGCCCCUACAAUCUGAUUUCCAGCUCUGAGUCCCCCACCAGCCCCCUGGUGCCCCCGGACAGCUGGGGCCAGGGCAAGAGUCCCAACGAGAAGAUCUCCAAUGGGACAAACAUCAACUGGCCCCCAGAGUUCUGCCCAGGUGUGCCAUGGAAGGGCCUUCAGAACAUCGACCCUGAAAACGACCCCAACAUGACCCCUGGCAGCGUUCCCAGCGGGCCCACCAUCAACACCAACAUCCACGACGUCAACCGAUACCUGCUGCGGGACCGGAGUGGAGCCUCUUCCCCAGCUCCACCACUUCAGAAUGGCUCUCUGCCUCCCACCAGCAGUGACUGGCCAGUCAGUGGCUACUCUAGCUCUUUCAGUCUGUCCUCCUCUGACGGAGACAGCUCAGGUAAACUGUCUGACAUGAAGUCCACCUGGUCCCCGGGUCCCAUCUCCCACAGCCAGGCUUCUCUGUCCCAUGAGCUGUGGAAGGUCCCCCAGGGGCCCCGCAGCACCACAGCCCCGUCCCGGCCGCCACCAGGCCUCACUAACACCAAGCCCUCCUCCACCUGGGGAGGUAACUCACUGGGCCUGGCUCAAGGCUGGAGCAGCUCCUACUCCUCAGAGGGCACCACAUGGAGUACAGACAGCUCCAACAGGACCAGCAGCUGGCUGGUGCUGAGGAAUCUCACUCCACAAAUUGAUGGGUCGACUCUGCGGACCCUGUGCAUGCAGCACGGCCCCCUAAUCACAUUCCACCUCAACCUGACCCAGGGCAAUGCUGUGGUGCGCUACAGCUCCAAGGAUGAGGCCGCCAAGGCCCAGAAGUCCCUUCACAUGUGUGUGCUUGGGAACACCACCAUCCUGGCGGAGUUUGCUGGCGAGGAGGAGGUGAACCGCUUCUUUGCACAAGGCCAGUCACUAGGGGCAACCACCACUAGCUGGCAGGCCAACCCGGGAACCAAUCAAAACCGGAUGGGCGGGGCAACGCAGUCCCACCCAAUUGGCCAGUGGAGCAGCGGUGGCGGAGGAGGAUCCAAGGCCAGCGGAGGCGACCUGCUGUGGGGUGGUGUGCCCCAAUAUUCCAGUCUCUGGGGACCCCCAAGCGGAGAGGAUGCCCGUGUGAUUGGGAGCCCCACCCCCAUUAACACCCUGCUGCCUGGAGAUCUGCUGAGUGGGGAGUCCAUGUAGGAUGAUGCCACGACACACUAACCAACCAACCAACCACCACCAUGUCUCAUGAGCCAUUGGGGGUGGCAGGUGAUUUAAAAAAAAAAAAAAAAAAAAAAAUUCAAUAUGAACAGGAGCAAAACCCAAGCAAAUCAUGUGGCGAUAAUCAGUAUCAAUUUGAACUGUUUUGAACUGUGAAUUGUGAAUCAGAGGGCUAGGGUCCCCACCAUACAAGACUGUAGACUCCAGUUCUUCUGUUUUACCUUGCUUUUUUUCUGUUGUUGUUUGGUUUACCGUUAUUGAAAAAAGAAAAAGAUUUUCUUUUGGUAUUCUUGAAAUGCAUCAUAUAAAAACUAAUGAAACUGAAAUGAGACACAACACAAAGAUACCUUUUUAAGUGUUUUUAGGUUUUCCAUAAAUAUACAUGACAUUCUGUGUGAAGUGUUUUUAGGAGAAGCAAUCAAAGCUGCCAUCUGAAACUUUCCUUUUUCCUCAAUAAAAGGAAAAAAAAAAUCCUCCCAAAAUAAGACUUAAAAUGACCAUUCCCAGCAUGUCCAUGGCCAAUGAUGUGGUUCAAAGACCUUUACUAGUUAUGUUCACAUUUGUUUCUCAGCACUAAUAUUAGCCUUAAGUGCUUUCUGGCCCAGGUCCUUCCCAAGCCGCCUAUUUUUCAUUUGUUUUGUAACUGAAAAAAUAGCUGAAUACUUGCACAGUUCCACCUCUGAGCCAGCAAGUGGUACAGGACACGAUUAGUGACCAACCUUGUCACUGGGCAGUAAGAAGGCCUGGCCACGUUGCCUGGCCCUACCAAUCAUCAGCUUAACUAUUUUGAGUUCUCAAAGGGAUUGACAGCUAUUUUUUUGCAUUCGUUUUUGUAAGAUUGUAGGUAGAUCCAAGCGCAUCUUUGAUAUCUAUAGCAACAUAUGAGCUGAGAGAAGAUUAUUUGUCGACCUAGCUGAGUGUCUCUAUUUGUGUACGUCUGGUGGCACCUAAUCAUUGACGUCUGCGAGCCCAGAUCCUUUUGCUCAGAAGAACGUCUUCAACUUAGAAACCAGUCACCUCCAGGUGCUUUGUUUGUCUGUUGUCCGCUCCGUUAUGAAGCCUAACAAUUGUGUAUGGUCAACCAGUUUCUGAAGACAAUAAGAACACAAUUUCACCUUGAUGUGACAGUUACAUUGUGCAAUAUACACCACAGACUCCGCUUCCGUCCAUACUCAAAGUCCACUGGAGCUGGUUUCGUGUUUUGUUGUUGGUUUUUUUUUCCUUUACAUUUUUUGAGUUGUUGCUGUCGUUGAAUGCAGCAAAGGACUUUGGAACUACAAAAAAACCUUACCCCUUUUCAAAACUUUGAUUCCCACCAGGCCCCCAGUCCCCUGAAACUGUUGGGCAAACUCUGCAAAGAGGAAGAAACAGCUGUUGAACUGUGCAUUGAAGACUGAAACUACUUGUAUACAACUGGGUACACAAAAUGCACACUUCCUCUCUGCGUGCCACAGCCACACCCAACAGAGACUGAAUGCACAGUGGGAUUGGAUGGUUCUGGGUAUCUGGCACAAUACCAAAUAAGAGGGGUUUCUCCUAAUGCAGUAGAUCUACGAGUGUUCCUUGCAUUUGGUACUGUACAAACAGAAGAGACUAAGACUUUUAUAAAUUCAAAGGGUUUUAUCAUAGCACUUAUGAAGAGUAAAUCGCUUCAACUGCAAUCCAAUAAAUCAAAAAAGGAGCAACAAAAACAGAACAAAAAAAUACAAAAAAAAAAAAAACCUCCUGCUCUUUUAUGUACUGUAUCUAAUCCUUGGAAAUGUGUCUGGCGUUGUUCCUCUGGUAGCAGGAUGAAGGGAAACAAAACUGAAAUGUACUAUUGGACUUCGGGGGAAAACUGCAGUCGAUGAUUUUUUUGUUUUCUUCUUUGAACAAUAUCAAAGUGAAUAUCACUGUUACUCCAAAUGUUUAGCCUUGUUCUGUUUGGAGGCGCUAGACUUGCAACGUUACCUGUCUCUGACGCCCACCGGCCAGUCGGUCAGUCGGCUGGUGGGUCGGUCAGAGUGGAACGGGGAGGGGGAGGGUCCACUGAGUGCCUCUCUGCUGUGGUCCUCUGGGUGUCGGCCGGUUGGUUCGCUCGGUCAGACGGCGGCCCCGCAACACAGCACUUCCUCCUGGGCUGGCACCAAGCCCCACUGGACCCUCCCUCAGUCUGGCAAGAAGCGGCUCCUCCAAGACUGGCCAAUCACGGCACUCAGCCACAUAUGGGUUUCUCCGACCGAGCCUGCCAGCACUCGACCCUCUUGUCAACUUGCCCUCUCUCCCAUCUCUCAGUUCUUUGACACAAAGAUCACUUUAGCUGGAAGAUGAAACAGUCAUAUUUCUGGAAUAUUUGCCAGUGUUCUCUUUAUUUUUAUUAUAAUUUUUUUUUUUUUUUUGGAAGUUAUCGUUUGAGUUUCUCUUUUACAAUGUAUUAUUUUGUUAUUUUUGUGUACAUGCAGUGGUCUACAAAAAACUGGCUGCUGAACUAGCCCUUCACUGUUCAUAUGCAGAAACACUUUGGUCAGAGGUGCCUCUGUAUGCUCAUCCUGUGUAUUGAAUGCAAAACGAGGAUCAAUACUACAGACCGUUGUUGAUUGUCUAUUCGUUUUUAACUGAUUAUUGCUUUGUGUUGGACAGUAUUCUGUAGUACUUCCAGGUAGUGUCUUGAGACGUGUAAAAAUAGGGUGUCUCAGACAGGGGUGUGAGUGUUUGUCGCUCCCAAGCUGCUCCGCCUGGCCGCAGGCUGUCCCCCCUGCCCUCCGCCUAGCUGCUACGCUAUAACCUCCCACUCCUCUCCUACACCUCGACUUGACCCAGUAGCCCUCCCCUGACCAGUCACCAACAGGCCCUCGGCUCUGUUUCUAUGCAAAAGACUAGAGACUGGGGCCCUUUACAGCACACCAAUCCUGACCAGGGAAUGAGCACUCCUCCCAGAGAUAGACAGACCUCUAAACUCGUCCAUGUGCGCUCCUGUCAGCACGAAAAAAUGGCCACUGUUUCCACAAAGUCAGGCUAAACCACCACAACACUGUCACAUAUUCCAAGCACUCCAUUGGAGGUAGGCCUUUCUCUCUGCGCUGAAGACACUUUUGUCCAGCUUGAUCUCAGGGUAGGGGAGUUGAUGAUACAAAAUCCUAGAUGCAGCUCUCCAUUUCUGUCCUUUCUACUGUGAGAGCGAAGUCUUAAAUUUAAAGGCCAUCUGUGCAACAAUGUGUGCAGACUUCAUGCCUCGAAAUGUAAUCCUAAUUAGCAGGGAAAGGGUUGGUAAUGAUUCCCUUUCUCCAAAGGUGGCCUCCUUGUAAAGUUACUGUUAAGGGCCCAUUUUCACAUGUAAAAGAUGCCAACUUAAUGUGCCAAUAUAAAUUUGCUGUAUCAUAAUAUAUCUUUACAGAGAGCACUUCUUUUCCUGGUGUGGAGGAUCUUUGAUAACUUUUGCAGAGGAUGCAGCGGGGAACAGGAGGGAUCAAACAAUUGGGCGGCAGCACCACACCCUAAAUGACUGAGAUUCUUUUUUUUUUCUUUUUUUUUUUCCUUUUUUUUUUUUUUUUGGAUUUUGUGGGGAAUACCCCAUGUUAAGGAGAAACUCUUUACUCAGUUGGGGGUUCCAGAAUGCUACGGUGCACAGUUGAUGGGUAAUCCCGGGUACAUAUUUUUUUAAAACCAAAAAUGAAAUCGCAUUUUAACAUCAUUUUUAUGAAGUUUGACAUAAAAAUCUUAAAAAUGAUAAAAAACCUAAAUGGAAAAAAAAAGAUCUAUAAUAUGUUAAAGCUCUGCACUUCUAGCUGAAACGUCUCUGGUCAUCAGCCUCUACUUCCACCAUCUGAGGGAGUAGACUGGUGGCCGGGGUGCCUUUUUGUGGAUGCUGUAUUUAUCUUUUUUUAUGUUUGUGUCCUGCUCAAAGCGGGCCCACUGAACUGUACAUUUCCACAGACCCAGAUGGCUUGGGCCCACUGUAUCAAACCCCGCUCUUGUCAAACUGCAGCAGCAGGACCAAGGGGAGGGUACAUUUCAAAAAGGUACAAAGUCUUAAGAAAAAAAAAAAAAAAAAAAAAAAAUUAAAUUAAAAAAAAAAAAUCAAGAAAACGGGAAAAGGCUACCUUUCAGGACUUGCAGUCCUGCAGCACACAAGCAAAAAUCACUAUUGCCUGUUUCUGUAACUGCCUUGAUCCAAGCUCAGACAGACCCAAUAGCCGAGGACCUCCCAGCGUCCUGUACUAACUGGAGAACCCUGACAGUGAAGGGGGUUUCCCAUGCUGCACCAGCAUCGAGAGGCUCUCCUCUCUAUAGCUCUGUUCUAGACAACAGUAUAUAUGUAUACACUAAAUAUGCGUGUGUGUGCGCGCGUGCACGUGUGUGUAUGUGUAUGUAUGUAUAUAUAUACAUACACACACAUGCACGCACACAUACACACAUAUACUGUCAGUAUGGUGUGUGGUAGCACAUCUUCAGACUUCUUGGAUCUUAACCUCUGAAAUUUUUCAUUUUCCUUUAAAAGGUCUUGGUUUCAUACAACUGAAAAUGAGCAAUAUGUAUUUCCCCCGCAAAUAAGUGAUAACGAAGGAAAGAAUUCGGGUAGGGUUUAAACUGAUACUUGAUUGACUGAAAGCUAAGUCUUUCUUACAUGGAGUUGGAUAUGCACGUUAUGGUUUUGAUGACAUAGUACAGUACCUUGAAGUGUUUGUACUGUAUGUGUAUUUGUUAAUUCGCUUGUCUAAAAGCCCAACCUGAAAUCACCUGGUUUAAUGCAUACUUUACCCAGUUGAGAAAAAUCACAAACAUAUCAAAACAAAACAAAAUAUUGAAUAGAAUACUUGAAUCAAGGAGCGCCAAUAACGUAAUGUGAAGUCUUUAGUAAUUUUUUUUUUUUUCCUCCAUCUGACAAGUACACUUCUGGGCUUUUAGAGAACAUGAGUUCAAAAUAUAUUGCAUUAAGUAACGAAUACAAAAUAUUCCAAAAAAAGAAAAAAAAAAUGCAAAAGUCAUCUUAGUUGUGUGCUUGAAAGUCAGAUGUAUGUAUGAAUGUGUGCGCAAGCAACUGUGUGUGUACAGGGCACAUGGCCUGCUGUUAUGUUCCACUCAGUAUGUUGUACUUUUUUUCUCUCUGUUAUUUUCUUGUCAAAACUAUAUUCUGAUAGACAUUAUCUUCUAACGUUGCACUGAGUGUCUUCUACCCCUCACUCAGCUAAUCGUAGAUAAACGAAACUAAGUACUGAGGGGAGAUGGUGACAAUUCAUGUGUAAAUGUUUACUCAAGGACUUAAUGGAUUUGUUUUUUUUUUUUGUUUUGUUUUGUUUUUUUCCCAUUUUAUCUGUAAAAAGUUUAUCUACCUUAUAGUGGCUUUUAUUGUGGAAUAAUCCAAUACAAGGAUUAUCAUUGAGUAUUGCACCAUUUUGUUCCAAUUAUACAAAAAGGAAAAAAAAAAUUUAAAAAGAAAAAUGUACAAAAAAAAAAAAAAAAAAACUGUGGCCAUAGAUAGCUGUAGAAGGACUAGUAAUCCCUAUGUUAACUUCAUGGAGAAAUGGAAAGGGAUAGAGUGGGGAGGUGAGUUUGUUACAAGACUCAUUUCAGAGGUGCCUAUCUUUUCUCUUCUUAUUUUGCAAAAGCCACCUGUCGUUUACAAGCAUUUCAUUUGUCUGAAGUUCAAGGAAAUAGGAAAAAAGGACAAAUUCCAUCUUGCAUCAAAUGAAUAUGGACAUGAAAAUCUUGCAAAAUGAAGAUUUAUGCUACUUUCAGAACUCUGGGAUUGAUCAGUGUUGUGUCGUAUUUCAAUUUUAAUUUCUCUGUUAAUGUUGACAGUCUAUCUGUAUUGAUUUGUGACUUUUUUUUUUUUUUUCCUUUAAACGACGCAAUUUGCUCACUAUCUUGCACACUCAUAAAAGACAUGGAUCUUGUCUCAGGAAGGCCAGGGUUCCAGAAUACCAACUCUGUCAUUUCUAAGUUUAAUGUUUGUGUGAAAAAAAAAAAAAAAAAAAAAAAAAA